ACUUACAGACAGUACUGCAGUUGAUAAGAGCACACUUGUAAAACAAAACACUAAAGGUUUUUAUUAGUCUUUUUUUCAGUGUUAUAAAUUUUCUAUGGAAUAAAGCAGUGUUUUUAAGUCCAUAAAUUCUUCACAGCCUGUCAAGCAAGUUCAGUGGUGCUCAAAGUCGGUCCUCCAGGUCCGGCAUCCUGCAUGUUUUCAUUCUCUCGUUGGUUUAACGCAUCUGGAUCAAAUGAUGGCUCAUUAAUAGAACAUUGACAUGCUGAAAAGGUUGGUUGUCGGUCCUUCAGGACCAACGUUGUUUGUCCUGUCUCUCUAUCUUGUUGUCUCGCUCCCAUCACACCUGCAACCCAUUACCUAAUCAACCCAGGUAGCUUUUUCCAGCUGUUCUCUCUCCCAGUAUUUAUACACAUCUUCUCUUUUCUCACUGGUUCCUCUUGUUAUUUUCCCGUUUCUUCCCUGCUGUACUUUCCACUGGAUUUUAAGUUUUUGUUCUCUUCUGGUUUCCUGUGUUCCCAUAUUUUUUGUAUGCUUUUUUUCCCUCUUGUUUCUAGCAUCCAAAAAUCAAGUUGUCAGUAAAUAACCAUUACUUUUUCAACUAUGCCAUCACUGCAUGUGUCCCCUCAUUUUUUUCUAAAACUGAUUGAUUAUUUAUCUUAUUAUUUAUCCAUUUAGAUUUUCCAGAAUCACUAAUGGCACAAAAACAAAUACAACUUAGUAAUCAAGCCAGGGUGUGAUCUGUCAUUGUUAAUUUAAUAAGAAGGAAUGGCUGCUUUAUAAUCGUUGCCCCUCUUACCAAACUUGCUUCGAGCAUAUGAAUUGUUAAUUGACACAAAGCAGCAGAACACAAAUAAUUUUCUAUUAUUCAACACAUACAGAAAACAUUUAGGAGUUAAAAGUAGCAGAAUCUAUUCUGCUUUACAAAUCAAGUGCCCUGCUGACCUCUGAACCCUAAGCAGCAGCUGCCUUGGUUCGACUCCGGUUAGAACCAACCCGGUCAAGUUCAGAUUAUCGAAAUCUACUCCUCUGAGUUCUGAUUUUUUUUUUUUUUUUUUAAAUCAAGCAACUUCCAGUGAAGUCAACUGUUGUGUUUUGUUCUUUGCCUGACCGUAACGGCGGACCUCUGCCUGCUGCAUCACAGUAAGAAGAAGAAGAGGUGUUGGAACGAUCGGAGCCCACCUCUCCUCAUCUCUCCUCCUCCCUCUGCCAUUGGUCGGAGCGCAGCAGGCUCCGGUGCUGAUGAUGCUUUGAAAGGGGGGAGUAAACAGAGAGCGCACGUCUCUCCCGCUGCGCGCACACUGCACGCACGGCGAGAGUGGAGUGAAGAUGCUUGUCCCCCCUCGACCGGCAGCCCAGUCCGUCAGCCRUCCACUUGUCCCCCUGAUUGUUUUUCUGCUGCCAGCCCGUCACACUGCCUCUGUGCCCGCUUUACGUGAGGAAUCCGGAGCGGCAGCGGCAGCAGGAGGAGGCGAAGGGAGACGCGAGGGAUCCGGAGAGCCGUCACCUCUAUAGCGCAUCAGUGGGGAGCUAUGGAUGCGCGGACAAAAGGACGCUUUCUCUUCGCCGUGGGCCUCCUGUGUGGGUUUUACUGGCCGGCAUCAGUCACCUCCAAAGGGGCCCCAGCCGGCCAGGCUGACACGCUGCCCUCAGCGCAGGGCACGCUGCCGCACUUCAUCCAGGAGCCAGAGGACGCCUACAUCGUGAAAAGCAAUCCCAUCAAGCUGCGCUGCCGAGCCACGCCCGCCUUACAGAUCUUCUUCAAAUGCAACGGGGAAUGGGUGCACCAGAACGAACACACGUCCCAGGAGUAUAAAGACCUCAACACCGGGCUGAAGGUGCGCGAGGUGAUGAUCAACGUGUCCCGCCAGCAGGUGGAGGACUUCCAYGGCCCYGAGGACUACUGGUGCCUCUGUGUGGCCUGGAGCCACCUUGGCACCUCCAAGAGCCGGAAGGCAACUGUCCGCAUCGCCUAUCUGAGGAAAAACUUUGAGCAGGACCCCCAGGGGAAGGAGGUGCCCAUCAACGGGAUGAUCGUUCUGCACUGUCGCCCUCCAGAGGGAGUGCCAGCAGCGGAGGUGGAAUGGCUGAAAAACGACGAGCUGGUGAGUUCACUGACCGACGACAAGAUGGACACCCGGGCCGACUCCGGCCUCAUCAUCAACGAGGCGCGCCUGUCCGACUCGGGCAACUACACGUGUCUGGCCAGCAACAUCGUAGCGAAGCGUCGCAGCGCCACGGCGCCUGUGAUCGUCUACGUGAAUGGCGGCUGGUCGCUGUGGACGGAGUGGUCGGCGUGCAACGUGCCGUGUGGACGGGGCAUCCAGAAACGCUCCAGGACCUGCACCAACCCGGCGCCGCUGAACGGAGGCGCUUUCUGCGAGGGCAUGUCCAAAGAGCAGGAAACUCUUUCCUGUUCUUUGUGUCUUCCAGACAUGGAGAGCUCCAUCGACGUGGCUCUGUACUCAGGUCUCGGAGCAGGAAUUGUUGCCGUGGUAAUYCUGGUUGUGGCCGUCAUGCUGUACAGGAAGAACCACAGCGACUAUGGCGUUGAUGUCAUUGACUCUUCGGCUCUCACUGGGGGUUUCCAGUCCUUCAACUUCAAGACGACCAGACAAGGCAACCCGCUGCUUCUCAACUCCUCGAUGCCGCCCGACAUGACGGUGGGACGGACGUACAGCACGCCGCUCUGCUUCCACGACGGUGCUGACAAGGAGCUGUUUGACCCGCUGCCAGACAUCAAAGUCAAAGUCCAGAGUUCCUUCAUGGUGUCUCUGGGCGUGGCUGAGCGCGCCGAGUUCCAUGCCAAAGCGCCCAGUGAGUCUUACCCACAGGACCUCAGCUGUGACUUCUGUAGCACUGUGGACAAACGCAAGAAGGGCCCAACGGGGCUCAACGGGCCCCUGAGCUGCAGCAGAGAGCAGCUGAGGACCAGCGGCAUGUUCGGCCAUGUUGGAGGCCGGCUGGUGGUGCCCAACACAGGGGUCAGCCUCCUUGUGCCUCAUGGAGCCGUGGCUGAAAAUAUGUCCUGGGAGAUGUGCAUGGUCAUCAAUCAGGGCGAGGCGAGCGCCCAGACACUGGAAGGCUGUGAAAUCCUCCUGGGCCCAGAGGUGACGUACGGUCCUUCAGGCCUGGAUCUCUUUUGUCCCGUUGCCAUGACCGUCGCCCACUGUGCAGAGGUGGAUGCUGAGAACUGGAACAUUCAGCUCAAGAGGAAAACCCAGGACGGCAAAUGGGAGGAAGUGAUGUCAGUGGAAGAGGAGUCCACUUCCUGUUACUGCCUGAUGGAUUCAAGCAGCUGCCACCUGCUGCUGGACCAGCCAGGCUCGUACGCGCUGGUGGGCGAGCCGCUGACGCAGGCGGCCGUGAAGAGGCUGAAGCUGGCCGUGUUUGGAAGCGUGGAGGCGGGCGCCCUGAACUACAGCCUGCGGGUGUACUGUGUGGACGACACGCCGCACGCCUUCCAGGGAGUGGUGGCCGCCGAGACGUCCAGAGGGGGUCAGCUGCUCGAGGAGCCAAAGACGUUGCCUUUCAGAGCGAACACCUUCAGCCUCCAGGUGUCGAUCCAGGACGUCCCCCAGUUCCUGUGGAGCAUCAAGCCCUUUACCACAUGUCAGGAAUUCUCCUUCCCUCAAGUGUGGUGCAGCAACCAGCAGCCCCUGCACUGUGCCUUCCAGCUGGAGAGAUACAGCCCCGCCGCCGCCCAGCUCUCCUGCAAAAUCAGCGUGCGACAGGUCAAAGGUCACGAGCAGAUCCUGCAGGUCUACACGGCCGUGGCCGAGGGUGAGAAAGAGCCAGUUCCAUUUUUUAUGCAGACAGACUGCACAGUCACGUCCCAAACGGGGCCCAAGGCCUUCAAAAUCCCACUGUCCAUCCGCCAGAGGAUCUGCGCCACCUUUGACACUGCCAACGCCAAGGGCAAGGACUGGCAACUCUUAGCCCAGAAACUCCACCUAGACCGUAACCUGGGCUACUUCGCCAAGCAGCGGAGUCCCUCCGCUGUCAUCCUGAGCCUGUGGGAAGCUCGCCACCAGGACUCUGCCGACCUUGACUCUUUGGCCAGCGCCUUGGAGGAAAUUGGCAAAAUCCACUCCAAAAGCUCCCCAAAGGACCCGGACGAAGCGGAUCCCGACCUCAAUCACAUAGAAGCGUGCGGCCUUUACGGUACGGCCAAACCUGCGGCGGUUCCGGAGGGCGAGGACUGCACUCCUGAAUACACGGGCUGAGAGAAAAGGUCGGCCGGCUCUAACUGGCAGACCGACGCGCGUGUGCAUGCGUGCACGGCCGCAGACAGACAUGGCGCUACCUCUGCGGCGUGUCGGGAGGUUGUCUGUGAGCGGACAGUGGCAGCGGUCAGCGGGCCGAGCUAUCACAGCGGGCCGAGGUGAACCAGCUCCUGCUGUGGAUCUGCCCUUGUGUUUUAACGGAUCUGUGGACUGAUUGUAAAUCUUUGUCGGCCUUUCCUCAGUUUUUUCUGUUUGUUUUGUUUUGUUUUUUCAUCUUUUUGCUUUAAGUUUGUCUUUUGAGCAUUCAUUAGUUUUUUUUGCUUAAAAUAUAAAGGAUUCUUUAUUUCUUUAGUUUUUAUUUUCAAACACACCCUCUCCUUUUUAUCUCAACAAUGAGGAAUGACGUUUUGUAUGUCCAUCCUUUUAUCCAGUGGUUCUUAACCUGGGUUCGAUCGAACCCCAGGGGUUCGUUGAGUCGGUCUCAGGGGCUCGGCAGAGCCUCU